UUUUUUUUUGUUGAUGAUUUGUUUUUUGUUUAAAGAGUUGUCCUGAACGAUGUAUUGCAUAUGCAUAUAUUAUUAUCUCCUGCUUUGUCAUUCUUCUCAUAGAUUUCUUUUUUUUUUAAGACCCAUGGGUAAAAGAAAGAAGACCUCUUCAAAUUCAGAAUCCCUUCCUCAAGCAAAGAACAAUAUAUUUCCAUGCGAGCAUAGUAUGGCUCCACUUCUCCGCCGUGAUUUGUUCCCUUGCAUCUUGGAAACAGAUGGGAUCUAUCUUUAUCAAGAUUCAACGAACGAUUAUAUAGUUCCUGAUGGGGAUCUCCCGUUGUGCUAUCGUUAUUCAAAAAAUGAUUUGGCUGUUGAAUAUCGUUCUCGUUCGGGUGUAAUACAAGGUUGGAAAGGGUGGAUUUCUUCUGUCGCUACACGUUUCUCAACUCCUUUAUCUUCAGCUAAGAUCUUAUCUCCUAUGCUUGCUUCUUCUGAUCUUGAGAUAUAUCGUGUAAAAUCAAGUUUAGAUCAAUUAGUGUCAUAUUGGAGUAAGGCAACCCACACUUUUAUUGUAAAUUGGGGAGAGUUUACUAUAACUUUGGAGGAUGUUUAUGCAUUACUUCUUUUGCCGAUUUGUGGUACAACUUCAUUGGUAUCUCCUUUAUCAAAUGAUGAACAAUCUCUGUUAUCAUCCUUAACCCUAGCCGUAGAGGAUUUAAAGAAAAGGUAUAUGAAAAAGAAACAGUACGACUUGCUUGAUUGGGUGAGAUAUUUUCACCAAGAAGAUAGUCAAGAUUUGGUAGAAUUAGCAUCUUGUAUUGCUUUAUGGUUGAGUAGAUAUAUUUUCCCCUCGAAAACUUCUAGAAGAACAGUUCAAAGCGCCAUGUUUCCGUUGGCCUGCAGACUCGCUUACGGGAAGCACUUUCCUCUAGGAGCUGCGUAUCUUGGAACUUUGUAUCAUAACCUCGAUUCCAUCAUUACUGAUGCCAAUUCUUAUAGUGAAAAUAAGGAGGUGAUAAGUUCAAUAGAUGCAUGUUUCCUCCAGAUGUUCAUUUGGGAGCGUUUUCCAAAACUUGCACCUAUCCGCAAGUCACUGCAACCUGGAGAACCUCGUCCUUGGGCAUGGGUAAGUUCGAAGUGUUGGAAAACCUUGUGUAAUGUUACAAAGGAUGUUUCGAAUUUUACAUUUCGCCCUUACCUUACCAAUAAUUGCACCUAUUUUACCCUCGAUAUGUACCCAGGAAGUAUAAUACCAUUGACAGAUGAGGUCCGUUCUUCUUUCACUACUUCUGCUGGUGAAGCAGGAUUUUGGUUUGUUGUCUGCCUUCCCCGAUCACUGUUAUGUCUUCGAGAUGAUCCGAAAUCUUUAUCUUGGUCAUUUGUUUCAUAUCGCCCUGAUCGUGUGGCUAGACAAUUUGGGUUUGAUCAACAUGUUCCUCAUGAUCGGAAGAUAGGGGAUUUAGAAAAAGCAAAACAGUCAUGUUUGUUGGGUUCCUUCCAACUCUCAAAGCAAUCUCACGACACAUUUCGACUACCCGAUAAAGACAGAGAAGGUGGAGUUUCUGUUAAAUUUGCUAACAUAUGGUUGCGACAUCAUUAUACUGGAUUAAUCAGUCAAGGUGAGACUUGUGACCGAGAGAAAGACGUGGGUCCAUCAUCAGGUAUCUCCUCGCUCGCUCAUCUUCUCUUAAUAAUGCUAAAUCUUUGAUAGUUUAUACGAGAUAAUAUGACUUUGUUGUUGGAAAUAGGGGUGUAUAUUCCUUUGCAAAAGUCACCUCCUUUAGCACCCUCUGAAGUCUGUUUAGUUGAUGAGGGUCAUACUCCGGUAGCUUUAGUAGGUAAACCUUCUGAUGCUUUGGGUGGUAAUUCCCACGGGAAUGAUGUAGCAGUUCGACCAAACUCUGAACCACGACCCUUCCAUUGUUCAGGAACUAAUGGUGACAGUGAUGCUACCACGAACUUGGUCAUUACAAGAUACCCACUUGUCCCUUCUUCUAGUAGCAGCAUAUUUCAAAGUACUAUCACACAUGGAUUAGCUCCCACAACUGCACCUUUAAAGGUAUGGAAGUCUUUUCGGUAUAUAUAUUUCAUGUAUAUGUGUAGUAUAAUAUAAAUACUUACAUAUGUAUAUAUCUUGCGCAGGCAGCCGGGUUUGCAGGUUUCUCUAGAACUCUUAAUCCGUUUUCUUUAUCUCAGACGCAUGCCACAUACACUGAUCGAAGCACUCCUGAACUGUGCUUGCCAGCUCCUCCAAGCAGUCUUUUAGCUGCCGGCUCUAUGCAUGUAAGUUUGGAGCGUAGUGAAGACUUAACAACAUUAGUAGGAAGAGAUUCAAUUCAUUUGUCAUCACAUAAGUCUCAUGCAUCACAGACGCAUGCCACAGACACUGAUCGAAGUACUCAUGAACUGUGCUUGCAAACUCCUCCAAGCAAUCUUUUAGCUGCUAGCUCUACGUAUGUGGGAUUGGAGCGUAGUGAAGACUUAACAACAUUAGUAGGAAGAGACGCAAUUCAUUUGUCAUCAUAUGAGCCUCAGGCAUCACAAUUUUAUUCACGUUAUACUUCAAUUGAUAAAGAUUUUGCAUCCUUCUUCAAAGGUCUUUCCCAGUCUGAAAAAAUACUUUUUAUUCAAUUGAUCACUCCUGUGCUACCGUUGCUCCAGUUUGAAUACGCCGUUUCAGAGACAUAUUGCUCUUUGUUGUCAGAGAAUUGGAGAAUAUUGUGUCUUGUGUUUCCAAAGCAGCCCCCUAUAUUAAAAAAAUUGAUAGAGUCCUACCUUGAGACUGUUCGAUCAUCCAUUCGUCAUCGUCAGUUGGUAGAAGAGCUUAAUACUUUGCGCGAAGCACGUAAAGACUUGGAUCAUAAGAUAGAAAGUUUGGCAGAGCAUAUUAGAGAUCGGGAUCCUCCACCAAGUACUUGGACUCAUGUUCCUUUAUGAUUUAGGG